CCCCAGCUCAAGGGUAUAGUGACCAGGUUAUAUUGCAGGCAAGGCUACUACUUGCAAAUGCACCCCGAUGGAAGUCUCGAUGGAACCAAGGAUGACAGCAGUAAUUCUACGUUAUUCAACCUUAUACCAGUGGGACUUCGAGUCGUUGCUAUCCAGGGUGUAAAGACUGGGUUGUAUAUAGCCCUAAAUGGAGAAGGUUUCCUCUACACAUCAGAACUUUUUACACCAGAGUGCAAAUUCAAGGAGUCCGUUUUUGAAAAUUAUUAUGUAAUCUACUCAUCCAUGCUCUACAGACAACAGGAGUCCGGGAGGGCCUGGUUCUUGGGGCUGAACAAAGAAGGGCAGGUCAUGAAAGGAAACAGAGUGAAGAAAACAAAACCAGCAGCUCAUUUUCUACCCAAGCCAUUGGAAGUUGCCAUGUAUCGAGAACCAUCUUUGCAUGAUAUUGGAGAAACAGUGCCAAAGGCUGGGGUGACUCCGAGUAAAAGCACAAGUGCAUCUGCAAUAAUGAAUGGCGGCAAACCAGUUACCAAGAGCAAGACGACAUAGCCAGAUCCUGGCAGGUGUUGUGACUCGCUCAGCCCCGAGCACAGUUGGGUGAUUUAUCCUUGCCAGACUUCCCCUCGGCAGUGUCUGCGGAUCAGCUGGCGGCAAGUCCCCGACUUGCCCGUUGCUGUUUCUGAACUCAGUUGUUGCAAGCGGAUAAAUCUCAACAUGUAGCUCCACCCACAACCAGAAGACACCUGGAUGAACCAGCUAAACUCAGACCAUGGAAUGCCCUACCAGAUAUUGGAAUGCCUUUUUAAUAUCUUUUCUGUGACUGUGACACUUCAUGUGAAUGACAUACUUCACAAGUACACUUGAUACCUUGCCUGCUGACAAUUGCCCAUAAUCCCUUUUUGAGUCCAGUUUCAGCAAAACCCAUGUGUUUAAGUUCUAUUUUGUAGCACACAAAUAAUCAAGUAAUUUCUAGUUAGAUGCUGUAAACCUGUGCUAUUAUGGAUUUCUCUUCUUCCCUUUUUUAUAAGGCUGCUCGCUCCACUGUCUGUGACCUUUUGCAGGGAUUGUGUUUCUCUAUAACAUAAGUGUUUGCCGGUGGCUUAGUUUUGAAAGCAAUCAGGGAAACAGGAAGCCUUCAAAAAUUAUUAUUACAAAUUAUAUCUAUAAAGAAUAGGAUUGUUUUCUCUGGCUUACAAUAUCGAUUAAAUGUGAAUACUCUAGUAACAGAUACUGUGCUUCUGAGGUUGGCAUUAUAGUGGAGGGAAGAGUGCCAAACACAAGCAACAGGAAGUUUUCUGGACCGAGUGUUUGGCAUCCCCCUAGAGUUUCUUUUUGUGUGUGUAUUUUAUACAUAUCACAGGCUUACUGGUAAUGGUAACAUUUGCCUUGCCCAGCGAGCAAGACCCACUCAUUUUUGGGAAAGUGGGUCCAAAGAAUUUUGUAGGCCUUGUAGGCCUGAAUUAAGGCUCAUUUCUCAUCUACUAAAUCUUCAUUGUUUGAAAAACAACCACCACCAAUUAAAAAAAAAAAAAAAAGUAAGACUAACCAGAAUUGCGCUACCUAAAUCCAUUUGAAAUACAAUCCUUUCCUGUUUUUAAGGAACUAAACUUAAUGCCAUUGUUAUUUUGGGCUGAAUCCCACACCUACUUAGCAAAGCAUGGGCAAGGAUGUUGUUGUGUUCUUUUUUGCAGCACCAAUGCAAAGGGUAGUUAUGAAUCAUAGUUUAAUAUUUCUGGUGUUUUAAAAAAAAAAAAAAGUU